AAUUCCUUUUCGUCCCUUCCCUUUUGCUCUCCCAGUGGUCGUCUUGUCUGAGUCUUCUUUUUAGGCUUAAUUAGAAGAGAAUUACGCAGUGAGUGACGCACUCCACUUUUCCGCUUCUUCGUGUCCCUUCUCUCCAACCAACACGACAUCUUCACACUUCCAUUUCCACUUCUCACCUAUAUUCCCCAAAUUCACUUUACUCCUUUUAUUCUCCAUUUCUCCAUUUCUCUCCUCUUUUUCCCCAAUCCACGCCAUGGGAGACGACGGACGUUUGCAUGCUAUGGACGACGAUGAAGCUUCCGCCGCCGACCAACGCCCAUCCAUCCAUAUUUACCCUCUCAGCAACUACUACUUUGAAUCCAAAGAGCCUCUUCUUUUCAAGGACGAGACCUUCGCUGAUCGCCUCCUCAGGAUGAAAUCCAAUUAUGCCGCUUACGGAUUGAGGACUUCUGUCGAAGCAGUUUUGCUGGUUGAACUAUUCAAGCAUCCUCAUUUGUUGCUGUUUCAAAUACGUAAUUCAAUUUUCAAGCUUCCUGGUGGUCGCCUAAGGCCUAACGAAUCGGAUGUUGAUGGCUUGACGCGAAAGUUGUCAAGGAAGCUUUCUGCCAAUGGAGCCUCUGAUGCAUCUGAUUGGGAGGUGGGCGAGUGCCUCGGUAUGUGGUGGAGGCCUGACUUUGAAACCCUGCUCUUUCCAUAUUUGUCCAGUACUGUUAAAGGGGCCAAGGAGUGCACUAAACUUUUCCUGGUCAAGUUGCCGGAGAGUCGAAAAUUCGUUGUGCCAAAGAACCUCAAGUUGAUCGCUGUUCCUUUAUGCCAAAUUCACGAAAACCAUAAGACAUAUGGGCCAGUUAUAUCUGGCAUUCCGCAGCUGCUUUCUAAGUUCUCCUUCGACAUCAUCGAAACCUAAGAUUCAUCUUAUUAAUUAUAACAGAUGAAGAGCUAUGGUCAGUGGUUAGCGGACCAAAGAAAUUAAUAUAUUUAUUAUUAGUACAUUAUAGAGCUGUCAGCUAAGUUUCUAUGAAUGUUGACAGACCCUUGUAUAAAACAUAUGCACAUAAAUCAUGGUGAUGAUUUUGUAAGUAUGAAGAUAUAUAUAGUCAUAUAGGUCGAAAUUGUUACUUUACAACUUUUGUUUUAAUGAGUGCUAAAACUACAUGAUUGUUUAAAUUGCUA